AAACUAUCCGCUUCAGUACGAAAUGAAGACGGGACAGCCAGGGUCCUGUAUGAGGUGUUAAUGUGAUCUCAUUGAAUUACAUAUUCUGGGGGUGAUGUCUCAGGUGCGCGUGCACUCUCCACUGGAAUUGUAUUUCUUGAGCAUAUCAUGGCGAUACGAGGCAUUAUCCUGGUGUGUUCCGUCUUAUUGUCCGCAGCCCUUGUCGUGGAGAACAUUCCCUACACAUGUCAAGAGGGUACAAUCACACUUGAAGCACCAUUUGGAGCAAUGGAUCCCCAUUGUGAACAGAGCUGGACCACUGGCAAAAAGCCCAUUGCCUACUACAAAAAUGGCAAAGGUGAAUGCAGGUUUCCAUGCAAGCACGUGUUCUCUGGCAAAGUCAUCCUCCGAGAAUGUCCCGAUGUCAUAUUAACUACUGGUUGCACCACCAAAGAUGGGGUAUAUGAAGAGACCAGGCUACACUUCUCAGUGAUAACCAGACCAACUGUCUCUAUGACAACCACUAACACUGCAAACAAGCAAUUCUAUGGACUCGGGGCAUUCCUGAUUCUUUCGGUCUCUAUGAUCAUUCAAUUUGUACUGUAGAUGUGGUCUGAGGGGCCUCUCCCAUUGUUGGUCCUAGAUUGUUGGUCUCCAAAGAACCCAGAUUGCAUCCUUUAUCCUGCCAUUGAAGAACAGUUGUGCAUUUGUAGUGGUUGGGACACACUACACAAACUAACAUCAAAGUUGAGCCAAUAGUAUUAUAGACAUCUAUCUACUCAGGACCUUGAUUGCUUUUUAAAGGAAGAAUAUGGCUUCCGCCACCAAUCUCCAGACUCUAAUUGCAUGUUUUAGUCUCAUUGCUGUCUUCUAUGCACUUUUUUACCUUCUGUUUCAAUACUCUGCAAACUAAGUUUACAUGUAGGAUGGGUGAAGUUUACGUCAUGUAGUUUCACCUAAGAGAGAAAGAAAGAAAGCCAUAGUGUUUUUUGACUGAACACAAAAUUAAACAGGAAAUGUGUUGCUGCUGACCACUGCCUCAACAUGUUGUGCCAUGUAGACAGUGUUAUUUAUUACAUAUAUUUAUGAAGCUAUUUAUUACCUAUUAAUUCUAAAAAGCACAAAUUACCAAAGUAUGAAUGUACAAUUAGCUAGAAAAACAAGCUGUGAAAUGGUCCAUUACAAGCCAAUCAUCUCUCCUAUGGACAAUGUUUUGGCACAAAAUGGCAGUACUUCAAUAUGCCUUGGGACCAAUGUCAAAUUGUAUGUGUUUUUAUGUCCCAUCAAAUUAAGGAAUUUAUUUUGCAAGAUUUUAAGAAUAUAUAUUUUAAGUAGUGUCCGUUUUUAAAAUAAUAUCCACUUUGCAUUGGACCAUUUUGUAUUGGUACAAAUAUAGCUACACCUACUGACCCCUAGAUCAGACAAUAAGCUUAGAGACAAGUGACUCAAUGAAGUGGAUAGAUUUCACCAGGUAGAUUUCAGAGAGAUAUACUGUAAAAUAUUGUUUAACACUUGGUAUUAAUAAUACUUAUUACCUGCCCCCAGUCCAUACAACCAAACACUUUUAUAUGAACUAACAACCAUCAUUUUACACACAUUAAGAGGAGCCCUUUUGAACAUGAGCAGCGUUAAACAAGUUCAUUUUCUUGUCCGUUGAUGCCAUGUAUGUGUACUUUCGUAGCAUAGUUGUAAUGUUUUGCAUGCUUUUGAUGAGACUAUCACCCAUGUUCAUGUUCUGCUCAUUUUCUAAUCUGUCAUGUGAUGUGGUGGUGAUGCAUUAAAAAAAAAUGUUUCCAAA